AUGAUUGCUACCGCCCCACCCUGCUCAACGACAACAACAACUUCUACAACAACAACAACAACAACUUCUACAACAACAACAACAACUUCAACAACAACAACAACAACUUCUACAACAACAACAACAACUUCAACAACAACAACAACAACUUCAACAACAACAACAACAACAACAACAACAACAACAACAAAAACAACUUCAACAACAACAGCAACCACCACGACUUCGUCAAGUCUUGCGCUGCUGACCAUACGGGAACGGACAACUGGCCACAUGCUCCCACGUGCAGGCUCAACCCGUCGCGUCUUUCGCAUCUGCUGCACUCUCACCUCCGUCGGCACCAGCCGUGCUGGCUCAGACGUGUGCAUCCGGAGCCGGUUUGGGACAUGGCUGCAGCCCGACGCGAGCGCGUGCUUGAAGGAUGUGACAGACGCGCUGGACAGCAUCGCUGACGGGCUGGUGCAGUCAGGGAGCCACGCAAACAACAACGCCAAUGACAACGCGCACAACAACGGCAACAACGGCAACAAUGGCAACAAUGGCAACAACGGCAACAACGGUAACAACGGCAACAAUGGCAACAACGGCAACAAUGGCAACAGCGUUGAUGUUCAGAGUGUUUCCAACGACAUCGCCGAUGCCCUGAAUGACGCAACCGCACGAAUCCUGGGCAACUCAUCCACACCGACAACGUCGACCGCCCCCCUCACACCAGAAGAGAUCAGAGCCCGACAGGACGUUGUCCUGCAGAGCGUGCGCACGCUCGCCGUGCUUGCAAACACCGCCGCGUACAGCAACCGCACAGUCACACCUGAGACGCUUGACCGCGUGUUUGAUAGCUUCAACACGCUGGCGUUUUCGUCCGGCGCCGCAUCGCUCGAUCUCAACGCCUCGCAGGUUGAGAGCCAGCUCGCUGACACGGGCGUCACCGUCGACACCGCGUCCCCGUUUGCAUUCACGGGCGCGCUGCUCGGCAUGGUGCACCGGCUUGCAGGGGCAGUGACCAGGGCCACGGGCGCAUUCAACUCGUCCACGCCAGACGCAGGCGUGGAGGUGGUGCUUUCGCCUGUCAGCCGAACACGCAUCUUUGAGUACGCGUCCACAAAACCCAGCGGUCGCCGUGUGCAGGCUGAGGUGCCGCUUCCUGCCGAGUUCACCGCCAACAACAACGACACCGUCGUGUCUGUGCUGUACUUUGAUCCAGAGCGCAGCAGCCAGACACUGCCCGCCAACCAGGCUGCCGUGGCCUCCCCAGUGAUCGACGUCAGCCUCGUCUCAGCAGCGGAUGGCUCCAAGGUUAACACCAGCGGCAUUAACGGCCUCUCCUUCUCCAUGACGUUUGAGACGUCGUUGCCCGCAAGCACGGCUGUUCCCGCCAUGCUCAGCCGCUACAUGUCGCCCGGGUUUGAGAUGCCAGCCAUUCUGGCAGAAUCUGCGGAGAUUGUGGGCGUUGCGCCCGCGAGCAUUGACAACACCACGCUUGUUCUCCGCGUGGCCCUUCUUCCCAUCGACACCAGCAGCGAGGACGCGGCCCUGAUCCAAGAGGGCGUGAAGGAGCUCAAGUCCACCCUCACCCGCAAGUGCGACCCUGCCGUGCAUGGCCCCGUGUGCCUGGAUGACACGACCAGCUCCAUGUAUGUGCCAUUUGCGCCGUCCUGCAGGUGGUGGGAUCCAGCCACCGAUGCGUGGGCGGGCGAGGGCUGCGUUGCUUCCGACGUCGCCGUCAUUCCCCACCCCUCGUCAUCAUCAUCGUCAUCGCCUGCCUCGUCGUUUGUGCGCGUGGCCGCCGGUCAGAUGCCCACGCUCGAGGUCACGUGCACGUGCACGCACAUGACGAGCUUUGCCAUCCUCGUCACCAACGCAGACAGCGCCGUCGCUGGUGGCGCGCUCUCUGCCGAGCAGGAGGGACUGACGCUCCUCACGUACAUUGGCACGGGCCUGUCGUGCCUGUGCCUGCUGCUUACCAUCGUCGCAUACAUGGCGUUGUGGAAGAAGCCGUACGUGCAGCAGCACCACAAGUUGGUGGUGCACAUGUGCGUGCCGCUGCUGUUCAUGCAGCUGCUCUUGCAGUUUGUGCUGCAGCCAGACCUCCAUGACAACUCAGCCGUCUGCCUGCUGGUGGCGCUGCUGCUGCACUUCUGCCUCCUCGCCAUCAGCGGGUGGAUGCUGUGCAUCGCCUAUGACAUCCACUGCACCUUCGUCUCCGUCUUCAACAACAACAACAACACCGCCACGUGGAAGCUGGCCAUGUACGUGUACACCGCGUGCGCCGCCAUUGUUGGCGUGUGUGUGUUCCUGGACCGCAAAGACUACAGCACCUCAUCCUACUGCUGGAUCGACAUGGCCUCCCAUCUUCGCUACGCCUUCCUCGUCCCGUUUGCCGGGUCCCUCCUCAUCAACACCGUCGUGCUCGUGCGGGUGCUGGCCAACAUCAAGCAGCGUGUGCAGCUCAAGACAACCGUCAUUGCCGGCCUGGCGUUCAUGUGGAUCCUCGGGUUCUCCUGGAUCUUCGCCAUCAUCGCGCUGUUCAACGACCACAUUGCCCUGCAGUAUCUCUUCACCAUCUUCACGCUUGGCGAGGGCAUCUUCAUCUUCGUGCACUAUGUCGUGCGCCACACCAAUGUGCGCGAGGCGUACGUGCUGUCGUCCCAGACGAAGCUCGAGCGCCGCCAGAUCACCAUGCUCAACGCAAAGGCCAAGGACUACUCAUCGUCAGGCACGCACAAGCGCACGGGCACAACCGGCGUUGGUGCUGGCGACUCGUCCACCGUCAGCUCCAUGUGGGACAUGCGCAACGAGCCUCCAAUGGAGAGCACCAAGUCCCUGGCCGACACCGUUGGUGAGUCCUCGUCCACGUUCAAGCUGCGGCUGCCACGGCUCAGCAACCGCCACUCCGCAGCCCGCGUGGUCUCGUUUGACAACGGGCGGGCCGUGUCCCCCGACAUCUCCGUGCACAUGGGCGAUGACUGUCCAGAUGACAUGGGCAUCGUGGCGCGCUAUGCACAGCAGACGCCGCCCAACACGCCGCCGUCGCCGUCCCGCCAGCGCGCCCGACGCAGCCGCCGGCACACAAACCGCAUUGCCCAGGACGACGUGCAGUUGGCGCUCAACACGUCGCGCAGCGCAACCGCGAGCCCCAUCAGCCCGCCGCCAGACUACCUGCGCAGUGGCCUGAGCACGCCAACGUCGCUCGUGGAAGCUGACCUGAGCAUCGACCCAACGGAUGGGGAUGACGACCACCACCACGACCACAGCACUUCCAGUAUCGUCUCCUCAGACUGUUAG